AUGGUGAAAUUGGCACUGGUGCUUUUGCUCAUGAGUUACUACUCAGUUUAUGGUUUGCCAGGUCAGGGCUUCCCUUUUGAUUAUGAUGUGAAUGACACUGAGGUUCUGUGGGAUGAGAUGGAGCGAUUGGGGUUUGAUGAUGAAUCUAAACCCAAGGUCAGAUCUCAUUCUCAAAUUACAGACACUCUCAUGUUGAAACAUUCUCAUAAGCCAGACUAUUUGAAGCUACCAGAAUACAUCCCUAUUCGCGCUUCUGAGGACCAAGCAUACCUCUUCAAGCCUGAAGGGAACUUCAGGCCGCUGCCCCACUCCGUCAAGCACAUCCUGCUGCCCACCACACCUCCGACGACCACUCCUCCAUUUCACUCUAAGAAGAUUGAGAUCCUGUGCCACCUUGACAGGAUUUAUGUGAGAAUUAGAAAGGACGCCUUAACCAACCCCAACGCCUGCAAGUACCUCAAACUCCACAACUGCACUGUCAACAAAUCCACAGCUGAACACCACUACAUGCUCUACAACAUCAAAAGCUGUGGCUUCCACAGAAAGGUCUGUUACCAAUACAAUCCCCUGUCACUAUCAGACAUUGAGUGAUCCUGUCAAAUUGCAAUGGUCUGAAGGGAUUGUAUUUCUAUGGCUAUGUUUUGAGUAUGUUCAGAUGUAUUGGUAGUUUUUAGAGGUGUUUCUCCUAUUCCAGUGUACCGCUGACUAUAUUUCCUACUCCAACGUGCUGAAGUAUGAGCCAGAGGCUAUCGGCGGUAUUGUGAGGGAGUUGCCAUUCUCUAUUUACCUUGAAUGCCGCUACAAUCGGUAAACUACCACUUUACAUGAUUUUACAUUUGGUGGCUACAUUCCAAUGUCCACACUAGCAUAUCCUAUACAUGGCUCCAUACUAGGUAGAAUGCUAGUCUGGACAUUAUUGGAGUGUGACUGCACUAAUGGCCAUUUUCUGCAGGAUCCACCACUCUUACAAGGUUGGCUUUCAUCCUCGUUUGGAGGGAAGAAAAGUCUUCAAGGCCCUUAAAUCCAAGGCCGGCGUCACGCUCACACCUUAUGAUGGUGAGUUGACUUUCGACAAAUCACCUAAAUCAGAAUGUACUUUUGGGGAGCACUGUUUUCUGUUAAAGAACCUUAACUCAUUAUGCUUUUUCUUCAGAUUCAUGGAACAUGCUCACUGCAGAUAAAAGCUAUAUCCUGGGACAACCAAUGUACUUUGAGGCCAAAGUUCCCACUAUUUCUAGGCAUCGGCGGGUGUAUGUCAACAACUGUUAUGUGACUGCGAGCUCCAACCCUAGAUCCACUCCCAAAUACAGUGUGGUCGAUAACUAUGGGUAAAACGUCUUCAUUAUAGAACUACAAUUUCUCUUGGGCUGGUUUGGUCUUCUCCCUGGUAGUUAAUUGCUUGAUUGUUAAUUGGCUAGAUUCCACACCUGGGUUGUUUAUACAGGCAGCCCAAUUCUGUUCUCUUCCACUAGUUGGUCUUCUAACUAAUCAGUCUUUUUCAGAGCUUAUCUGAUUGGUUAAAAGACCAAUUAGUACAAAUCAGCAUUUGACGUGGUGGGAGUACAGGGCUUACCAUGUCUCUCAAAGAGGCUGACGAUAUUUCGGCUGGGAAAAGUAGAAUGUUCAGGAGUUGGGUAAUUGGUUAAGGGAAGAGCAUUGGAGGGAAAGAAGUUGUAAAGAUGGAUGGCGGAAGAGGCUGGGUUUGAAUAUGACGCUAGCAAUAACAGGGAAAAGGGUAUGUUGCGGAAGAUUGAAGUUCAGAGUGAGCCGGACGCCAGUUCUGAGGUGAAAUGGGAGGGGUAGGUUUUGUGAGGAGCUCUGCGCACAAGCCUUGCAUUGAUGGACAUGCACUUGGUCCAGUGGGAGUGAAUUUUUGUAGAGGGUGGAACCAGGCCUUUUUGACUAAUCCAUGGGUGGUUUUAGGUUUGGUGGAAAAGAUGGUGGAUGCUUUUGAGUCAGUGAAGGUAACCCGAUGUGGACUUGUGAUUGUGUUUCUUCAGAUCAGAGGGAGCAGGCGCUCCGUGUGAUGUAACUUGGGAUAGCCUUGCGUUGCGCUUAGGUACAGGGCACCAUUGAAGAUAGUGAUUUCUGGGGUAUCAUUAAGUAUGGAGGUGGCGCAAUUGAAGUUGAAGAUUCCUGUUUGUGAUGCUUGCAGUUUGGCGAAAUGCAGCCCUAGUGGUGAAACUGAGUCACUGUCAGUCCUUUUUGAGUUGAGUCAGUCUUUACCUGACAGUCAUGUUAGGAUAUAUCAGUUAUCCUGUUAGAGCUUUUGUGGCAAAUCCACUGCACUGUUUCAGGUGCAAUAUUUAUGGUCAUGUCGCAUCAGUGUGUAGUAGGGCAUGGGAUCGAGUAUUGUGUAGUUUCGUUGGUGUCAACUGUAGGGGGCACAUGUUUCUGGGCAUCGGAAGUGUUCAGCGCAAGAGGUGGAGGUGGCUAGAGUCAGAGUGCAGAAGGUGUCGUAUGCUGAGGGAGUGACGUAGAGGAUGGGGUCAAGGGUGAGUGAUUCUGAGAGAUCCCUGUGAAUGGUAUAUUUGUGCCAGCACAGAGGGAUAGUUCAGUUGGGGGUGGUAAUGCAACAUUGAACGCCAACUGCCGUUAAACCUCAACGACGAGAGAAAUCAGAAAUGUCUGCCUGUGUAAACACAGCCCUGGUGUCUUGGGUCUAAAUCAGUCCCUGGUUUACAAGGCGCUAAUAAGAACCAGCGGGUGAACCUUGUCUUGAGUUGGAGGGACUAGUGUGUUCAGUACACAAUCUUCUCUUCACUAGAUGCAUGGUGGAUGGCAAGAAUACUGUCCAGUCAAAGUUCCUGUCACAUACCACCAACGGUCUGAGGUUCAGUGUCGGAGCCUUCAUCUUCCAGGAACUGGACAAUCAGGUCUGA